AGAUGACGUUACGAAUUCCAUAUCCGCUCGUCUUCAGAGUAUUCUAGAAAAAUGGAGUCGUUUUCAACUGUCUUACGGAAUAUUAGUCAGGUUUCAGAUGAAGAUGAACAGGAAAUUCGUACUUUGGGAGAAGCUGUUCAAAAGGCAAAGCAUAUUAUUCAAGACUUUCAAAAGCGAGGUGAGGCUCUUCAGGAAGAAGUUAAUAAAGCUGAACAAAAGCUAAAAGAUGUUGAUAAGAGCUGCGGCAAGAAGGAAAUUUAUUUGAGAAUCAAUGAAGCUUUAUUGCAAAAAUUCAAAGAUAAGUACUCCAUAUUACAAAUGGGAAUAAUGGAAGCUCAGGCGGACUAUGAUGAGGAACUGUGUAAUUCGUUGAAAAAAUCUUUAGCUAUACCUGCAAUAGAUAUAAAUUUAUCAGAUUGCUGGUCAGAAAUAGAUACUUUACGACGAGAGAAUAGAGAGCUAGAAAACCAUGAAAUAAUAAUUAAAUCAUUAAAAUGUCGUAUAAACGUUGCAAGGCAGAAAAGAGAGACACUUGGAGAAGAGUUUAAAGGUAUUCAAACUGAGAUUUUUGGAUGUAGAAAAAGAUUAUCAACCCUUUGUAAAGAUUACCUCGCUAUACAGGAUAUUAAGAGAGCAAGAAUUAAUCAUAUAAAAAAGCAGAAUUAUAGGAAACGAAUAACUAUUCAGUGA